AUUAAAAGGUGAAGUGAUUUAAGGUUAAAAACUGAUAAAAACAUGUCUCCCAGAGUUCAAGGGGCAGAGCGGGAAGGCAGGGACUGCUUAAACCCUUCAAGAUCAGGAUGUAAAACUGUAGUGGCGGGGAGGUUGUUCCACAUCACAAAAGCACUUGGAAAAAGUGAAAACUUAUAAUAAUUUGCAGUAGUAUGUAUCUGUCUGUAGGAGAGGGGAUGCAUGUGACGAGUGAAUCUGGUGGGUCGCUCGAUAUAUGAUGGCAGAUAGAGAGGAGAUGGAGCGUUCUGCGGUGAUUGAUGUGGUGGGGAUGACGUGUCAGUCAUGUGUGAAGAACAUUGAGACCAACAUCUCCAAUAUGAAGGGGGUCAUCUCCAUCAAGGUAUUCCUAGAAGCCAAUGAGGCCCAUGUGAGGUACAGCCCCACCGAGACCUCACCACCCAUUAUAGCAGAUAAUAUUGAGAACCUUGGCUUUAACACAAAGGUCAAGGCCGUGACGCCAGUGUCAGAUCCUGUAGAAGUCACACCAGCCCCUCUGCCUCUUAUUGAUGUGGUUGUUCACAUAGAUGGGAUGACAUGCAACUCGUGCGUUAAGAAUAUUGAGGGUGUUAUUUCCAAAGUGGAUGGUGUUGCUGGCAUCAAGGUCAGCUUGGAUAAGAAGGAGGGAGCCGUCUCGUUCAAUCCUCUCAAACUGACCUCGGCCGAGAUUGCUGACAAGAUUAGCGACAUGGGAUUUGAUGCCUAUGUGGUUGGAGGGAAGUCCAAUGCACUGAUUGCAAAAAUCACAGUCAAUGGUAUGACCUGUCAGAAUUGCGUCAACACCAUCGAGUCCUUCGUUAGCAAGAAGCAAGGUGUUCAGUUCAUCAGAGUAUCGUUGGAAGACAAGGAAGCGUUCAUCAUCUACAGCCCAGACAUAACAAACCCCCUGACACUGCGGGACAUCAUCACUGACAUGGGUUUUGAGGCCACCCUGCCGCGGGAAAACUCCGUUGAGGUGGAAUUCGAUAAACUGGCCAAGGCGUCCUUGAGGUCUAAGAGUAAGGAAGUGGUAGUGGACAUUCAGGGGAUGGUCUGCCAAUCCUGUGUCAACCAUAUUGAGACCGCUAUUGCUGGGAAGCCUGGUGUUUCAAGUAUCAAGGUGUCGCUGGAGGAAAGCAACGGCAGAGUUUGCUAUGAUCCGCAUCUCACAACGGCUGAGGACGUGGCCAAAAUGAUUGAUGAUAUGGGCUUCGAUGCCAAAGUUUUGAAUGAUAAAGAUGUGUCCACCAGUAACCAGCUCCAAAUGACCACUGACACAGUUGUUAUCAGCAUUAAAGGAAUGACCUGUCAGUCAUGUGUGAAGAACAUCGAAGGAAAUCUGUCCAAGAAUCCUGCAGUAAAGAGUAUCUCUGUUUCCCUCAGCAAUGAGACUGGGACCAUUGUGUACUAUCAGGGCAUGACAUCCCCCAAGAGGCUGGCAGACGCCAUAGAUGACAUGGGGUUUGAGGCUUCCCUGAAAGAUGAUCCUCGUGAAAAGUUGCGCUCCGGGGUCCUCCAUCAGAGCAACUCCUUUGGUUCUAUCAAGACAGACAGCAUGAAAGGGACCGUACGGUACAAGCCAGGAACCAAUGAAGACGAGGAGUAUGACAAGUGCUUUCUCAAGGUCAACGGUAUGACUUGUGCAUCCUGUGUGAACACCAUUGAGAAGAACCUGGCAAAGUUGGAGGGAGUAAAGAAGGUUCUGGUGUCCUUAAUGGCCCAGAAGGCAGAGGUGAUAUAUGACCCUGCGUACGUGCUGCCCAGUCAGAUCGCCAACAAGGUCACCAACCUGGGCUUCAACUCCACCGUGAUGGAGGUGGACGGGGCUGGCCAUGGGGUCAUUGACCUCACUAUCACCGGAAUGACUUGUGCGUCGUGUGUGUAUCUGAUCGAGUCCAACCUGCAGAAAGUGAAGGGUGUGACCAGCGCUUCAGUUGCCCUGGCAACCAGCAAGGGAAAGUUCACAUAUAACCCGGACAUUAUCGGGCCUAGACACAUCAUUGAGGCUAUUAAGGAUCUUGGUUUCACGGCUGAGAGGUCAUCUGGUGAUGAAGAUAGUGCAGCUAGAUAUGACCAUCGAGAUGAAAUUAAGAGGUGGAGGACAUCAUUCCUGUGGUCCCUGAUAUUCGGCGUACCUUCAAUGGCUGUGAUGAUGUACUUCAUGUUUGCACCCGCACAGGAGAUGAACAUGGUUCAUGAGGGUCACAAUGGAACCAACCAAUCAGAAACCUCCACCAUGAGAAUGUUCAGUAUGAUGCAUAUGCAGAUCAUCAUAUUCCCAGGCCUCUCUGUGGAAAACCUCCUCAUGUUCAUUCUUGCAACACCUGUUCAGUUUAUUGGUGGGAGAAUCUUCUACAUCCAAGCCUACAAAUCCCUGAAGCACCGUGCGGCCAACAUGGAUGUGCUUGUUGUGCUUGCAACCACGAUCUCCUACCUGUACUCAGUGGCUGUGGUGCUGGCAGCUAUAGGUCUCCGUGAACCCACGAGCCCCAUGACCUUCUUUGAGACCACACCCAUGCUUAUGGUGUUUAUUUCCCUGGGCAGAUGGCUGGAACAUAUUGCCAAGGGCAAGACGUCGGAGGCGCUGGCCAAACUGCUGUCCCUGCAGGCCAAUGAGGCGGUGCUGGUAGAGCUGGACAAGGCGGGAGCCAUCAUCAGUGAGAUGACCACACCAGUGGAUCUCGUCCACAGGGGCGACAUACUCAAGGUUGUUCCUGGAGAGAAGGUGCCAGUUGAUGGAAAGGUCGUGCAGGGGUCAUCAACUUGUGAUGAGUCUCUCAUCACUGGAGAAUCCAUGCCUGUCCAGAAAGAGAUUGGUGAUUCACUGAUUGGAGGCUCCAUUAACCAGAACGGCAUGCUGCUCAUGGAGGCCACACAUGUUGGCUCUGAGACGACACUCUCCCAGAUUGUGAAACUUGUAGAGGAGGCACAGACCUCCAAGGCCCCCAUUCAAGCACUAGCAGAUACCAUUGCGGGCUACUUUGUUCCUAUGGUGGUGGUCCUGUCUGUCCUCACCUGUGUUGUCUGGAUAGCAAUCGGCUAUGGCAAUAUUCUCCUCGUGGAGCCUGGCUUCAUGGAGGGUGGUGAAUACACCAAGGCAGAGAUCAUCUUCCAGAAGGCCUUCCAGUUUGCCAUCACCGUUCUGAGCAUUGCCUGCCCCUGCGCCCUGGGGCUGGCCACACCCACUGCUGUCAUGGUGGGCACGGGGAUAGGGGCCACCAAUGGGAUCCUCAUCAAGGGAGGGGAACCCCUGGAGAUCACACACAAGGUGAAGGCGGUGGUGUUUGACAAGACCGGUACUGUGACCCACGGUGUUGCCAGGGUUGCCCGGGUUGCCAUGUUUGUGGAGGAGAAGGUGUGCAGCUUCAUUGAGCUCAUUGCCAUCGCUGGGUCUGCAGAGGCCAGCUCUGAACACCCCAUCGCCUCUGCCAUUGUUAAAUAUGCCAAAGAGACUCUGAAGGCUGAUACCCUUGGGCGAACAGGAGACUUCCAGGCAGUCCCGGGCUGUGGACUCAAGUGCAGUGUAACCAAUGUGGAGUCCCUGCUCACUGACCUUGACCUUGAGGCCUUGAACAACCGCAAGAACACGCAGGGCAGCCUCAGGGUCAAGAUAGACAACGUCAUGUAUGAUACCACCAUGGAAAAUCUCGACAUCCAAGCGUUGAAUGUUGGUGCUGCUACUGCCUCCAAGGUGUACACUGUCCUCAUUGGCAACCGAGAGUGGAUGAGACGUAAUGGCCUGACGGUCACUGAGAAAAUGGACACUACAAUGUCGGGGCAUGAAGAACAGGGGCACACUGCUGUACUGUGUGCAAUAGAUGGCAACAUCAUAGCUAUGCUGGCGGUGGCAGACACGGUGAAGUCUGAGGCUCACCUGGCCAUCAGCACCCUGAAGGAGAUGGGACUGCAAGUGAUACUGCUGACCGGAGAUAACCAGAAGACUGCCCGCGCCAUCGCCAGGCAGGUUGGUAUCCAGAAGGUGUUUGCGGAGGUUCUGCCUUCGCACAAGGUCAAGAAGAUCAAGCAGCUCCAGAAGCAGGGGUUAAAGGUUGCCAUGGUGGGUGACGGGGUCAACGACUCGCCCGCCCUUGCCCAGGCAGACGUGGGUAUCGCCAUAGGAACUGGAACAGAUGUCGCUGUUGAGGCAGCAGAUAUUGUGCUGAUUAAGAAUGACCUGUUGGAUGUGACAGCUGCCAUUCAGCUCUCCAAGAAAACCGUGAACCGUAUCAGGUUCAACUUCGUAGCGGCCUGUAUCUACAAUUUCGUGGGAAUACCAAUAGCUGCCGGUGUCUUCGUGCCGGUGGGUCUGACACUGAAGCCCUGGAUGGCUUCUGCUGCUAUGGCCCUCUCCAGCGUCUCUGUUGUCUGCUCCUCACUUCUCCUCAAGACGUAUCGAAAGCCUUCCCGUGAGAGCCUGGUGACAGAGAGUUACUGGAAGAAGUUUGCCAAGGAGCAGGAAGAGGACAACGUGUCCCUGCACCGCGGUGUGGAAUCCAUCUCGAGUCGGGAACCAAGCAAGCAGGGCAGCAUCCUGUCUCGACUGAGCGGCAAGAAGAAACAGCAGAACCAGGACCACACCAGCCUCCUCGAGGCUGGAGAGCUGUCAGACAGCGAGGAGGAGGUCACCAGGAUGUAGGCCUGACCUAGUGGAACUGGGGAGGCAUGAGCGGGACCGGUUGACAAUAGAUGCAUGUUUGGUUUUUGCUGGCUCCUUUUGAACGUUACAUUUCUUUUCAAAACUAUGUCAUGUCCCUCUUGUUAAAUGUACUAACAGGAUGUAAACCAUUGAUGAUUUAGGGUAUCUUUUGUAAUUGACUUAUAUAUUGUGUGCUACGCCACUUAUGAAAAAUAUGUUUUUCUACAACCAACCAUGAAAUAAAACUCAAAUACUAGUAGUAAACUAUCCAUAAUGUCAUGGGCAUUGAGGAUUAAUAUUUUCUUGGACAAAAAGCAUUACCUGAAUUCAAUAUAAUACAGAUAUAAGAGAAUACUUACGUGGAAUUCAAAGUUGUCAGGGUCAGCAGUUUACUGUUUCUCUUUUGUAAAUUGUAUUUUUGUGUUGUUGCUUUUUAUUUUCUUGGACAAAAAGUGUUCUUCAAACAUAUUUUGUUUCCUUAGCUUUAUUAGUUGUAAGGAUCUUAAACCUGCGAACAUGUAUAUUGACCAAGGUCUAGCACAGUUUGCCUGUGCUCUUGUGUAUUUUAUUCUUUACAAAAAUAAUAUCAUGAAUAUUUACUUGGUUUCAAGUUUGUAUUAUUCUAAUCUUAAAUUUAAUGAAAUUUUAUUUAUUGCAUAAUCAGAUACAUUGAAAUAUACUGCAGUCCUCCCUAAUUUAUAAAUAUUUUGUUAUGAUUCAAUACUAAGACUUUGUAAUUUAUAAAAAAAAUCUUUAAUUUAUGUACUUUGAAUAUUUAUAAACAUCGUAAUAUUGAAUUUAUUUCCUAUGUUUACAUAUUUCGACCAAAUUUCUCAUAUGUUAACGUUUUACAAUGACCAACAAAAGUGAAGUUCCAUUUAUCAUGGAGCAAAACACCAGCAUCCAGGCUACUUUGAAGAGGAACAUUAGGCCUCGCUGUUUUUCAACUCAACUGAAUAGCGCUCAUAGGGAGCUUUUAGGAGACCAUGUUAUCCAUCUUUCAUUCUAACAACUUCUUCUCCUUAACCGCUAGGCAGAUUUUAAUGAAAAUUUACAGAAAGGAUCUGUGAGUGACUGUCUUAGGAUAUAUUUUUAAUCUUUCCAGACCAUUGCAUAUGUAGGUCACUGGCGCUCAAAAUAGAAUUUGAAAAUGAAAACUUUUAAGGGAUCUUUUCACGGUUUGGUAAAUUGACAAAAUUGAAAAAGUUGUUUCAGAUUCGCAAAUUUUGGGUUUAGUUAUGAUAUUUGUGAGGAAACAGUAUUACUGAACAUUUGCCAUGGUCUAAUAUAGCCAUUAUAUGCAUCUUUUGACGAUUUAAAAACCUAAAAAUUAUAAAGCGUUGCAUCGCGAAAAGAUUGAAUAAUUUGGAGAGUUCUGUUGUUGUCGUUUAGAUUUGGGAAACUACGAAGAUUGCUUAUAUAAGGUAUAAAAUAUGCUUUAUGUAUGCUUGGCAGGAUAGCUCAGUUGGUUAAUGCGUUUUUACUUCAGGAUUCCGGGGGUCACUGGUUUGAGCCCUGCUGCGGGCUACUUUUUUUUUCCUUUUUUAAAUUUUAUUUUUGAUUUUUUACUGGAGCUUUUAAAAUUUAAUGUUUACAUUUAUCAAUAUAAAGCAUUUAAUUACAAACUUCAAAACAUGCCAAAAUCAGUGAAAAGGCACCUUUAAAAUGUUCUUUGAAACCACAAUAGUCAGGGAUUUAAUAUUUGGUAUAAACAAUUGUCUUGUUGUCAUGUAUUAAGUGUGUUCAAAUCAUUCCCAUGGGGUCAAAACUGACCAUUCCCCAGGAGUCACAUGAUUUGUUGGGAUAAAAUAAAUUGAAAAAAUCUAUAAAAGCGAUAGGGUCUGAAGUCCAAUUUUUUAUAUGGUGUCCUCUACAAAGGCGGAGAGGUUUGGUAUUUGGUAUGUAUCACAGUACAUGGUCCACUACCAAGAAACUGCUGGGCUUAGAUGAUUGUUAUAUGGCAUGUAAAGCCUUAUUAUGGACCAUUGCGAAGUUAGUUCAUACUAUUCCCAUGGGUCAACUCUUUUGGUUACAUAGUCUUGUUUUGAGCUCACCUGAUUGCUCAGGUGAGCUUUUGUGACCGGUCUUUGUCCGUCCGUCUGUUAACAUUUGCUCGUAAACACUCUAGAGGCCACAUUUCUUGUCCCAUCUUCAUGAAACUUGGUCAGAAGCUUUGUCCCAAUGAAAUCUUGGCCAAGUUCGAAACUGGGUUGUGCCGGGUCAAAAACUAGGUCACUAGGUAAAAAAAAAGAAAAACCUUGUAAACACUGUAGAAGUCACAUUUCAUGCCCAAUCUUCAUGUAACUUUGUCAAAAUGUUUGUCUUAAUGAUAUCUUGGUUGAGUUCAAAAGUGGUUCCGAUUGAUGUCUCGGAUGAGUUCGAAAAUAGUCGAGAUCGGUGAAAAAAACAUGGCCGCCAGUGGGCAGGGCAUUUUUCUCUAUAUGUAUAUAGUGGAAGUUUUCCCUAUUUGGCUAUAGAGAAACCUUGUAAACACUCUAGAAAUCACAAUUUUUGCCCAAUCAUCAUGAAAGUUAGUCAAAACAUUGGUUUUAUUGAUAUCUAGGACGAGUUUGAAAAUGGUCGGGAUCGGUGAAAAAACAUGGCCGCCAGUGGCGGGGCAUUUUUCUCUAUAUGUAUAUAGUGAAAACAUGUGAACACAGUAGAAGUCACAUUUUUGGCCCAAUUUUCAUGAAAUUUGCUCAGAACAUUUGUUUCCUUGAUACGAGAUUUGAGUUCAAAAAUUGUUCCGGUCAGUUGAAUAACAUGGCUGCUGGAAGGGGGGGCAGUUUUCUCAUUAUGCCCCCCCCCCCACCCCUUUCGAAGAAGAAGGGGUAUAUUGUUUUGCUCAUGUCGGUCCAUCCGUCCGCCAGAUGGUUUUUGGAUGAUAACUCAAGAGCGCUUAUGCCAAGGAUCAUGAAACUUCAUAGGUACAUUGAUCAUGACGCGCAGAUGACCCCUAUUGAUUUUCAGGUCACUAGGUCAAAGGUCAAGGUCACGAUGACCUGAAAUAGAAGAAAUGGUUUCCAGAUGAUAACUCAAGAACGCUUAAGCCUAGGAUCAUGAAACUUCAUAGGUACAUUGAUCAUGACUCGCAGAUGACCCCUAUUGAUUUUCAGGUCACUAGGUCAAAGGUCAAGGUCACGAUGACCCGAAAUAGUAAAAUGGUUUCCGGAUGAUGACUCAAGAACGCUUAUGCCUAGGAUCAUGAAACUUAAUAGAUACAUUGAUCAUGACUCGCAGAUGACCCCUAUUGAUUUUCAGGUCACUAGGUCAAAGGUCAAGGUGACCCAAAGCAGUAAAAUGGUUUCCGGAUGAUAACUCAAGAACACUUAUGCCUAGGAUCAUGAAACUUCAUAGAUACAUUGAUCAUGACUCGCAGAUAACCCCUAUCGAUUUUCAGGUCACUAGGUCAAAGGUCAAGGUCACGAUGACCCGAAAUAGUAAAAUGGUUUCCGGAUGAUAACUCAAGAACGCUUAGGCCUAGGAUCAUGAAACUUCAUAUGUACAUUGAUCAUAACUCGUAGAUGACCCCUAUUGAUUUUCAGGUCACUAGGUCAAAGGUCAAGGUCACUGUGACCCGAAAUAGUAAAAUGGUUUACAGAUGAUAACUCAAGAUCGCUUAUGCCUAGGAUCAUGAAACUUCAUAGGUACAUUGAUCAUGACUCAAAGAUGACCCCUAUUGAUUUUCAGGUCACUAGGUCAAGUUCACGGUGACCUGAAAUAGUAAAAUGGUUUCUGGAUGAUAACUCAAGAACGCUUAUGCCUAGGAUCAUGAAACUUCAUAGGUACAAUGAUCAUGACUCGCAGAUGACCCCUAUUGAUUUUCAGGACACUAGGUCAAAGGUCAAGGUCAUGGUGACCUGAAAUAUUAAAAUGGUUUCUGGAUGAUAACUCAAGAAUGCUUAUGCCUAGGUUCAUGAAACUUCUUAGGUACAUUGAUCAUGACUCACAGAUGACCCCUACUGAUUAUCAGGUCACUAGGUCAAAGGUCAAGGUCACAGUGCCAAUAAACGUAUUCACACAAUGGCUGUCAAGGUCACGGUGACUCAACUUAGAAAAAUAAUUUCCGGAUGAUAACUCAAGAAUGCUUACGCCUAGAAUCAUGAAACUUCAUAGGUACUAUGAUCAUGACUUGCAGAUGAAAUAAUGUUGAAACUUGACCAGGAUGUUUGUCUGGACAAUAUCUAGGUCAAGUUUGACAUUUGGUAAAGAUUGAAUGAACCGACUCCUCUCAGGUGAGCGAACUAGGGCCAUCUUGGCCCUCUUGUUUUGUAUAUCUAUAAAACAUAGUAAAAGAACUAGAUAAAAUAGUUAUUACAGAUUUUUAAUAAAAUCAAAUGCACAAAUACAAUAAAAUCUGCAUACAGCAGGUUAGCUAUCAAAUGUCUCAGGUGAGCAACAUUGGACAUUUAGGCCCCCUUGUUGUAAGUCCCCUACCGGUUUCACCGGAGGGGAAUUAUUGUUUGCACUCCGUCUGUCAGUCAGUCAGUCAGUCUGUCACACUUUUCUGGAUCCUGCGAUAACUUUAAAAGUUCUUAAUAUUUUUUCAUGAAACUUGAAACAUGGAUAGAUGGCAAUAUGGGCAUUAUGCACGUCAUUUCAUUUUGUUCCUACGUCAAAAAUUCUGGUUGCUAUGGCAACAAAAAGACUAGAAAUAGUGCUGAAAAUGGUGGUUUUCUGGAUCCUGCAAUAACUUUAAAAGCUCUUCAUAUUUUUUCAUGAAACUUGAAACAUGGAUAGAUGGCAAUAUGGAUAUUAUGCACCUCAUUUCAUUUUGUUCCUACUUCAAAAAUUCUGGUUGCUAAGGCAACAAAUAGAUAUAAAAAAAAUCUGACAAUGUUUGAGCCGGUAGAGGACAUAUAUUGUUUGGCAAUAGUCUUGUUCAAAUAUGAUUUAGCAGAAUUUUAACAGCUUCAAUUUUUGGAUUUUGAUAAGAAAAUAUUGUUAAUUGUAGGGAAAAUUUUCUGUAGAUCUAUAUCAGUUAAAUUAUUGGAAUGACCCUUUUACAUUUAUCUGUUAUCAAGUUACAUUUAUCUUUUUUCAAUUUUAGAUUUUGUGUUUUAUAUGAUAUUACAAAAUGUAUAUGUUAUGUUAACCAGAUUGCUUUCCUUUUAAUUAUUGAAGCAAAUGUUUUGGAAUAUAGAAGUCUGUAAUAUUUUGAGCAAUAAUUAAUAUACAAAUGAUUGCUGGUGGUUGAAUAAUACAAAGUGCCCUGCUUGUUUUUUUUUAUAGUUGUACAAAUAGCAACAAGUUCACUCCUAUAUACCCCCUAAACUUCCUUUGUGGGGGUAUAAUUAUGAAAAUAUAUGACAAAAUUAUAGAUGUAAAAAUAUGAGACUUUAAUUUUAUAAGUACAAUACUUUUAUUUCAACAGCACUUGUGACAAAUACUGUUUUGUCAAUAUUGAAAUGUCAUAACUAUUAUGCUACUCUUCUUCUUUGUAAUUGUUAUGAAUCUUUUUCCUAUGAUAGAAUUUACCGUAAUUUACUGCUCUAAACGAUAAGACUUAUUGGAAAUGCCUUACUUUUCUUUUGAAUAGAUAUAUAAUAAUGUCCAUAUAUUGAUCCAUAAUUGUAACAAAAAGAUGUUGAUUUAAAAUGUUUGUAGUUAAAUAUACUGUUAAAUAUUUUGUACAAAGAUACAAUGUGAUAUAAAAUCGAGAAGAACUGUGCUGUUUCUUAAAAUAAAAAUCUUUCAAAGUAA